AUGAGCCGGAGGAGUCUUUCGCUCAGGUUCUCGCUGUUCCUACUCCUGUUGCUGCCGCCCCCGGUCCUGACCUUGGACCCCGGGGCACCCAUUCCAGUGAACCCCUGUUGUUACUACCCAUGCCAGCACCAGGGCAUCUGUGUUCGCUUCGGCCUUGACAGCUACCAGUGUGACUGCACCCGUACGGGCUACUCCGGCCCCAACUGCACCAUCCCUGAGCUGUGGACCUGGCUCCGGAAUACACUGCGGCCCAGACCCUCCUUUAUCCACUUCCUGCUCACUCAUGGGCACUGGUUCUGGGAGUUUGUCAAUUCCACCUUCAUCCGAGACCUGCUUAUGCGCCUGGUACUUACAGUGCGUUCCAACCUUAUCCCCAGCCCCCCCACCUAUAACUUAGCACAUGAUUAUAUCAGCUGGGAGUCCUUUUCCAAUGUGAGCUAUUAUACCCGCAUUCUGCCUUCUGUGCCCGAAGACUGUCCCACACCUAUGGGAACCAAAGGGAAGAAGCAGUUGCCAGAUGCCCAGCUCCUGAGUCGUCGCUUCCUGCUCAGGAGGAAGUUCAUACCUGACCCCCAAGGCACGAACCUUAUGUUUGCCUUCUUUGCACAACACUUCACCCACCAGUUCUUCAAAACUUCUGGCAAGAUGGGUCCUGGAUUCACCAAGGCCUUGGGACAUGGGGUAGACCUUGGCCACAUAUAUGGAGACAACCUCGAGCGUCAGUAUCAGCUGCGGCUCUUUAAGGAUGGGAAACUCAAGUACCAGGUGCUGCAUGGAGAGAUGUACCCACCCUCAGUGGAAGAGGCGAAUGUGUUGAUGCAUUACCCCCGGGGUGUCCCACCCCAGAGCCAGAUGGCUGUGGGCCAGGAGGUGUUUGGGCUGCUUCCCGGGCUCAUGCUUUAUGCCACCAUCUGGCUACGGGAGCACAAUCGUGUGUGUGACCUGCUGAAGGCUGAGCACCCCACGUGGGGCGAUGAGCAGCUCUUCCAGACGACCCGCCUCAUCCUGAUAGGGGAGACCAUCAAGAUCGUGAUCGAGGAAUACGUGCAGCAGCUGAGCGGCUACUUCCUGCAGCUCAAGUUUGACCCCGAGCUGCUGUUCAACGUGCAGUUCCAGUACCGCAACCGCAUCGCCCUGGAGUUCAACCAUCUCUACCACUGGCACCCGCUCAUGCCGGACGCCUUCAAGGUGGGCUCCCGGGAGUACAGCUACGAGCAGUUCCUGUUCAACACCUCCAUGCUGGUGGACUAUGGAGUGGAGGCCCUGGUGGACGCCUUCUCCCACCAGAUCGCUGGCCGCAUUGGUGGAGGCAGGAACAUGGACCAUCAUGUCCUGCACGUGGCUGUGGAGGUCAUCAAGGAGUCUCGGGAGAUGCGUCUGCAGCCCUUUAAUGAGUACCGCAAGAGGUUUGGCAUGAAGCCCUACACCUCUUUCGAGGAGCUCACAGGAGAGAAGGAGGUGGCAGCGGAGCUGGAGGAGCUCUAUGGAGACAUCGACGCCUUAGAGUUCUACCCAGGGCUGCUGCUGGAAAAGUGCCUACCGAACUCUAUCUUUGGGGAGAGUAUGAUCGAGAUUGGGGCACCCUUUUCCCUCAAAGGUCUCCUAGGAAACCCCAUCUGUUCUCCAGAGUACUGGAAGCCGAGCACAUUUGGUGGCGAGAUGGGCUUUAACAUUGUCAAGACAGCCACACUGAAGAAGCUGGUCUGCCUCAACACCAAGACCUGUCCAUACGUUUCCUUCCGCGUGCCCGACUCGCAUCAGGACAGUGAGCCUGCUGUGCAGCGACCAUCCACGGAGCUCUGAGGGGGCGGGGGUUAGCAUUCUGGAGGCGAGAACUUCGUGCUUGUCAUUCCAGAAUGCUGAAGCCAGGGUUGAUGGUCUUAAAUGCUGGUUUUCUGGUUUGACAUGGUGAGCGUUGGGGUUGACAUUUAGAACUUUGAGUCUCACUUGUUACCUGGAAUAUUGUGAUUCUGUUUGUCAUUCUGGAACACUGAAUUCCUUGUUAACCCUCAAAAUGUUAGGAGUGGUUUUCAUUUGGCCUUCUAGAGUUCCUAGUUGACAACCUAGAAUGUCAGAUUUCUGGUUGAUUUAGAAUAUAGGCAUUCUAGAAUAGGGAGCUCCUGAUGAAAUCUACAGGGUUCUUAUUUUGCAUUCCGGAAUCUUUCUGAUUGGUGUUUCAGAAUGUUGUGUUCCCAGCUGAUGAUCCAGGACAGUGGCUGGUGUGCCAGGUCAGUCUUGAUCUGAAUGUCUAGAAUGUUGAUUUAUUUUCCUGUUUGGCGAGAUAUCCACAGAGCAGGAGACCCCAAUGUCCAGUGAGAAUGCCUGAAUCUGUGCCUGCACUGAGGGGCAAGAAGGGGGGCGUGUGGUUCUUAAGACCCUUCUACUUACACCGGGGUACAAGGAUGUGGGGAGAACAUGUGGGCUCUUUCAUACCAGGGGUUGGAAGCCACUGGAGCUCCGUCCCCAUCCAUGUCUUGACCAUGGCAGCUGUUUUACAUGAAGCUAAUAAAAUUUUCUUUCCAAA